AUGAGGGGACAGAUUGAGGCUUAUGUUCGUAGAUCCUUGGAUUGUCAACGAUAUAAGCCUUCUAAUCAGAAGUCAGCAGGUCUCUUACAAACCACAAUAAGCAAUCAACGGUUUGAAGUAGUUGCAUUUGACCUUUUUGGGCCAUUACCCCGUACACCAAACAAUCAUAGUUGGAUUUUCAUUGUAGAAGAUGUGACUACACGUUGGCUAGAAUUGUUUGCUUUAGAGCAAGCAACGGCGGAAGAAUGUGCAAGAAUACUGCUUAAUGAGAUAAUACUGAGAUAUGGUACAUCACGUCGAUUCAUUAGCGAUAACGGUUCACAGUUUGUCAGCAAUAUGGUACAGCAGCUAACAUUUUGCCUGAACAUACAACAUGAAUUGACACCCGUAUAUCAUCCUGAAACUAACACAGUAGAAAGACGAAAUCGUGAUCUUAAAACACAGCUUGCGAUUUUAGUCGAAGGUGACCACACUCUAUGGUCCGAUAAGUUACCUAGCAUUCGUUUUGCUAUGAAUACUGCUCGUUCAAGUACUACAGGGUUUACUCCAGCUUACUUGACAUUCGGGCGUGAGCUACGAACUCCAGAUGACGUGAUACACGACAUACGUAAAGUAAUUAAGAACGAAACCUUUAUUCCAGACAUAACACCGAGACUGUUAAUGAUGUCUGAAACAAUCGAAAGAACAAAUGAAAUUCAGGAAAUGAAAGAGGAACAGAGAAAAGAGUAUGUGGAUCAAAAAAGGCGAGAAAUUCCAAACUAUCAGCCUGGAAGUCUAGUACUGGUGGACUCGCAUACCCUAUGCAAGGCUAGUCAUGGAUUUAGCUAA